AUGUCUGGUCACGAUCACCUGUCCCUCUGCCUUUGUGAUUUAAUCAGGUUGCUGUGGUCACUGAUGUUACCAUGCCUCUAUUUGAGCCUGGUCUUAACGGUACUUCUUUUCCUGCUGGUCAUGGCCGUACGGACGUGGCUUCAGAUGAAGAGGAAAGCGAGAAGGGCUCAGGAUGGAUGUCCCUCAGUGGCUUUCUUCCAUCCCUAUUGUAACGCAGGUGGAGGGGGAGAGAGAGUGCUCUGGUGUGCCCUCCGAGCCCUGCAGAACAGGUACAGAGACAUAUCCUUUGUGGUCUACACCGGAGACCAAGGGGUCACAGCUGAACAAAUCCUGGACGGCGCCCGACGUCGCUUCAACAUCAGGCUCCCUCGACCCGUCAAAUUCGUCUUCCUGAAGCAUCGCCUUUUGGUGGAAGCCAGCGUGUAUCCCCACUUCACCCUACUGGGCCAGAGCAUCGGGUCCGUCUUCCUGGGGUGGGAGGCUCUGACCGAAUUUGUACCGGACCUUUACGUCGACUCCAUGGGCUAUGCCUUCACCCUGCCCGUGUUCCGUUACCUGGGAGGGUGUCACGUGGGAAGCUACGUCCACUACCCCACCAUAAGCACCGACAUGCUCUCCGUCGUUCGACAGAGGAACCCAAGAUUCAAUAAUGCAGACUACAUCUCCAGUAACCCCGUGCUGAGUGCCAUUAAGGUGAUAUACUACUGCGCGUUUGCUCUGCUCUACGGCUUAGCUGGCUCCUGCAGCGAUGUUGUCAUGGUCAACUCCACCUGGACGCUUGGACAUAUCUUGGCCCUGUGGCGCGCUCCCAACCGCACCAGCGUGGUCUACCCACCCUGCGACGUACAGUCGUUCCUGGAUAUCCCUCUGAAGGGAGAGGAGGAGGACGAAGAGGACCGAAAGCGUCGCUCUGUGGUCUCCGUCGGCCAGUUCCGACCCGAGAAGGACCACCGGCUGCAGAUCCGGGCUUUCCGGAAGCUUCUGGAUAAGAAGGGGGCGGAUCCCGGUGGGAGGGAGUCUGCGAGGUUAGUGUUGAUCGGUGGCUGCCGUAACCAAGAGGAUGAGGACCGAGUGCUUAUGCUCCGGGGUCUGUGUCAGGAGCUGGGCGUGGCCGACAGGGUGGAGUUCAAGCUGAACAUUCCGUUCGAGGAGCUGAAGAAAGAGCUGACUGACGCCACGGUGGGGCUGCACACCAUGUGGAACGAACACUUUGGCAUCGGUGUGGUAGAGUGUAUGGCGGCAGGAACAGUCAUUCUGGCCCAUAAAUCCGGCGGACCCAAACUGGACAUAGUGGUGCCUUAUGAAGGCGGCCCGACGGGCUUCCUGGCGGACGAGGAGGACAGCUACGCCGACGCCAUGGAGCGGAUAUUGUCCAUGACCCCCGCGGCCCGCCUGGAGAUUCGACGCAGGGCGCGCGCGUCCGUCGCCCGCUUCUCCGACCAGGAGUUCGAGGCCUCCUUCCUGUCGGCCAUGGAGCCUUUAAUGGGGACGCUGGAACGAUGAGGACCCUCCGACCUUCCGCUUCACUCCGGGUCUCCCCGCGGUUCCCGUCUGACUACAGGGGAGACAGAAUUCGGAAUGCCCUCACCACGGCUGUGCUGGCCCCCAACGCUACACUACACUCUGCGUAUUUCAGCCUACUAAAAGAACAAUUCCACGUUUAGACCAGAGGAGAAGGUGCCUGUACCAGCGAGCGUAGUGCUUAGUGCUCACGUACAGAGAGAGCCAAAGGGGUUGUGUAGUUUGGGAUGAGCACAAGUUAUCCAGAUGAAAUGGAAUUGUUUGUUUUUGUUUUGAAUGCCAACCCUCCUGUGUCAACACUGUUUGGGUGUAAUCCAGCGUGUUUUUUUUUUUGUCUGUCUGGAAUUGUCUGAAUAGUUGCUUUGUUGUUUUGUCUCAUUCCUAAAUGUCUCUCUGGAUUGCAUUUUUUUCCCCAUACAUGUGCAAGUGGUUAAGUUUUUCCAUCUUUUCAUGGAGCUCCAUGCAUCUGGGGUGUUUUUGUGAUGUCUUUUCUGCAUAUAAAUGCUUAAAAUUCUCUGUUUCAUGGCUAAUUAUGGAACAAUGGCUUUGUAUUUAUCACAAGAAAAUCUUGAAUUUAACAAACGAGCUUUAUCUCAAGUUGAAAAAUGUGAUUUCUCUGAAUGUUUACAAAUAAAUUAUAUUUGAGGGA